AUGACUGAUAGUAAUAAUAAUCCUCUUAUUAAUCUAUUGAAAAAACGUUUAAAUUUGUUAACUUAUACAUUUUUGGAUGAAAAUAAAUAUAAUCAAACUUAUUUUCAACAUGCUGGAUUAACGAAUGUUGAUGUUCGAUCCUAUCAAUUACAUGGAAUUCGAUGGCUUAUUGAACGAUACGAGGCAGGUCAUGGAGCAAUUCUUAGUGAUGAAAUGGGUCUUGGAAAAACAUUACAAACAAUUGGAUUUUUAUUAUAUGUAUGUAAAGUAAAAAAACAGACUCCUUGUAUUGUGAUUAGUCCAUUAUCUGUCUUACAAAAUUGGACAACAGAACUAUCGAAAUUUGCUUCUGGAUUAAAAGUUCAAAUAUUCACUGGUGCAAAAGAUGAACGAAAUGAAUUGGCUGAAACAAUAAAAAAAUCAACAUUUGAUAUUUUAUUAACAACAUAUGAAUAUAUAUUGAAAGACACAUCAUUUUUUCAAUCAAUUAAUUGGAAAGUUCUGCUUAUUGAUGAAGCACAUAGAAUAAAAAAUUCUCAAUCCUGUUUGCAUACUACACUUAAAACUUUGGACGUGCCAUGUCGAAUUCUUCUUACUGGUACACCAAUUCAAAAUAAUUUAUCUGAACUUUAUUCAUUAUUAUCAUUUUGUGCACCGAAUAUAUUUCGUCCAAAACAACAUGAAGAUUUUGUUGAAUAUUUUCGAGCUAUCAAUACCGAUGAAGAUUGUAAGAAAACCUUAAUUGAUCUUUUAAAACCAUUUGUUUUACGACGAUUAAAACGUGAUGUUCUUAUUGAUUUACCUAAUAAAACUGAAUUAAUGAUUUUUCAUGAUUUAUCAAAAGUUCAAAAAGAUCUUUACAAAGCUAUAUUAACAAAAAAUCGAUCAAUAUUUGGUACAAGUGAAGCAGCAAGCAGAACAAGUUUAGUGAAUAUUAUGAUGCAAUUGAGAAAAGCUAUUGGACAUCCAUAUUUAUUUCCUGGUAUUGAACCUGAACCAUUUGAAAUAGGCGAACAUUUAGUUGAAGCAAGUGGUAAACUUCAUAUACUUGAUCAUCUUCUUACACAUUUAUAUAAAAAAAAACAUAAAGUACUUUUAUUUUCACAAUUCACUAGUGUUCUUGAUAUUUUACAAGAUUAUUUAACAUAUCGUGAAAUUUAUAAAUAUGAACGUCUUGAUGGAUCUGUAAGAAGUGAAGAAAGAUUUUUAGCAAUUAAUAAUUUCAAUGUCAAUGAUGAUACAUUUAUAUUUUUGUUAAGUACAAAAGCAGGUGGUGUUGGAUUAAAUCUUGUUGCAGCUGAUACAGUUAUAUUCUAUGAUUCGGAUUUUAAUCCACAGAAUGAUUUACAAGCAGCUGACCGAUGUCAUCGAAUUGGACAGAAAAGACCAGUACGAAUUAUUCGUCUUGUUUGUCAAAAUUCCUUUGAAGAAGUAAUUCUCCGUCGAGCAGAAGUAAAAUUAAAAUUAUCAAAAUCAAUCAUGGAAAAUGGCGAAUUAGCAUCUGGUCUAAAUACAACUAUAGAAACAAAAACACAGUUACAAGAUGUACUUAAAAUUGGUAUUGAUAAAUUAUUAGAUGAGACAGAACAAAUGGAUUAUGCAAAAAUUGAUUUUAAUACAAUUUUGGGUAAAACAGAUAAAAAUGGUCAUUGGCUUGAUAUUGAAGAAACUAAGAAAAAUCAAAAUGAAGAUGAACAAUCUCAAUUAAACGUUGUUAACGAUGAUGAUAUGUAUUUAUUCGAAGGUAUUAAUUAUCGUGAUGCUGCACAAAAACCUGAUAUUGAUUUCUUCGAUCGUCUUAUUCUUAAUGAUGAAAAAACAAAUACUAAAUCAACUGAAUCAUCAAAUCAACGUACAAGUGAACGUCCACAACGUCGACAAAUGACUGAAGAAGAAAAAUUAACACGUGCAGAAAAGAGUCGUGAGACAAAAGCUCGACGAAAACAAGAAAUAGAAGAAGAAGAACAAAAACGUAAAGAACGACAUAGAGCAAGAUUACAACAACUUUGGGCAUCGAAGAACUAUAAUUCUUCUCGUGUAUCUUUGUCAGAUGACGAAGAUGAAAAUAUCGAUGAAACUGUGCAAACAGAUAAUGAAGAUGAUACUAGUGGUGAGACGAAAUUACAUUAUGUAUUUGGUAAUGUGAUGAAACCUCAACUACAUGGAGAAAAAUGUGCUAUUUCAGUUCACUGUGUUGAUGAUUCUGGUCGAUGGCCAUCUAAAGGUGUAUUUGCAUCAAUCUCUCAACGUUCAAAAGAACCAGAAAACCAAUAUACACUUGCUUAUGAUAUGAAAGAUAUUCAUAUGGGUGAUACUCAUUUGAUUUCACUCAAUGAUUGUGUUGUUGAUGAUGAUGAACCUUCAUGUGAUCAAUAUAUGGCAUUGAUUGUUGCUCAACAUAAUAAUAAAUUUGAUUUUACUGCUCUUAAUUCAGCUCUACGAAGCCUAGCCGAAGCAGCAAAACAAUUCAAGGCAACUGUUCAUUUACCUCGUAUUGGUGUUGGUUCUCAAGGUUUCAAUUGGUAUGGUACUGAAAAAUUAAUAAAAAAAUACUUAUCAUCUCGUGGUAUUUCUACAUAUAUCUAUUAUUUUAAACGUAAUGAUGGCACAGCAAACAACAAGCGAUUACAUGAACAAUCAUAUAAUAAUAGCAAACGAUCAUCCAGUAUUUUAGAUAAAACAAACAGUAUUAGCCAAUUAAAAGUUCAUUUACCUAAUUAUCUAGCUGGUGUUCAUAUUUUCUUUCAUGAUAUUGAUGAUACGACAAAAAAAAGAUUACAACGUUUUGUUUAUGCUUUUGAUGGUGAAAUUAAUGAAACAACCAAUGUUAAGACAACGACACAUAUUUUAGCUUUAGGUGAUUGUAAAGAUGUACUUGCAUUACAGGAUGUUUGUCCAAAUGCUCGUGUUAUCAAUAUUGAGUGGCUUGAUGCUUGUAUUAGCCAUGGAAAAAAAAUCAAUACAGAUAUUUAUGAACUGUGA